CUCCCCCCCCCCCCCGCGCAUCUCUCUCUCGCUAGCGCCCCACUCCUUCCCGCUCCUGCGCUGCCUCUCUCGCCCCGCCGCUCGAUCCCAUUGCCUUGCCCCGCUCCCCAGGCCCUCGUGGCCCCUCCCCACGGGCGCCAGUCAGCCACCGCCUCCCUCUGCCUCCCACGCCCCGCUCCUCACCUCCAACCUCUCCCGUCGCUCCUCCCCCAGCGGCUGCACCGGCCCUCUCCAUCCCGCACGAGACCAGCUCCCUCCCGCUCGCCACCUCAUGCCAGCGCGCGCGCCCCAGGCCACGCCGCUGCGCCUCGCCGGCCUCCAGGAGGAGGAAGGAGGCGGCCGGAGCCAUCCACCGACGACGAGGAAGAAGGCGGCCGGAGUUGAGAGGGAGAUGACGUACAGGACGGAGGACGACUACGAUUACCUGUUCAAGGUGGUGCUGAUCGGGGACUCCGGGCUGGGCAAGUCCAACCUGCUCACCCGCUUCACCCGCAACGAGUUCAGCCUCGAGUCCAAGUCCACCAUCGGCGUCGAGUUCGCCACCCGCAACAUCCACGUCGACGACAAGGUCUUCAAGGCCCAGAUCUGGGACACCGCCGACCAGGAUAGCGAGCGCCCAGGGAUUACCUUGCGUCGACGUGGGCAUUACCAGCGAGCACCCAGGGAUUCCCUCUUGAAGAGUGUAAUGGUGUGCCAUAGUAGUACACUCUGUGUUGUGGUGGGAAGGAAAGGAACAGAAGUUCUGACCAAUGAGGCCGGUGAAGUCACAAGUCAUCUGCAAGGCAUGUUGAACGGGACUGUAAGAUUGCUUGAAGCAGGAAUAAAAGCUGUAUUGAGAGCUCGGAUGCAGUGAGGAAGAAGCGGGUAGCUUGAUCUGCUCGGCUCCAGGCGGUCACCUACGGCUAAGAUGGCGGCGGAGAUCUGGAAAUGGACUCAUUUGUUUGAAAUUUCUAUGUUGGAAACUGUCCCUUACUCCACUCAGUGCAAUGUUCUUGUAGGAUGACAAGUUGUCGCAUCUCGAGCAUGUCUCGUAGAAAACUAGAAUGAAGUCCAUUAUACUGUUGGGAUAGUAGCAGAUGUGUCAUUGUUCUAUUGUGCAAUUCUGUCUGUUCUUGCUAUAUUCAUGUGUAAGAAAAUGUAUUCAUGAGA